AUGCCAUUUACAGUUAAAGAUGCUCUUCAUUAUAAACGUAGUGAUCGUCAGAAACGUGAAAUUCAUGAAAGAGAAUAUUUAAAUUAUAUAUCAAAUCUUCAUCAACAACAACAAAAAUCAUAUAAUUCAAAUUUAUAUUAUUUAUCAAUAAAUCAUUAUAAAGAAAUUGAACGUUCUCGUUUACGAAAUACAGUGGAAAAACAAAAUCAAUUUAAUCGUAUUUAUCGUGAAAAUUCUUUAAUACUUGAUCGUUUACGUAAAGCAAGUCAACAACCGAUAGUUGAUAAUAAAAAUUAUAUUUAUGAAAAAAAUUUAGAAAUAUUCAAUACUAAACGUUCUCAACAACGUAAUCAUGAAUAUAAACGUAUAUCAGAUGAUAAUCAAGUUUUAUUACAACGUAUUAAUAAUAUUCAGGGGAAUUUAAUAACGAAAGAACAAUGUGAUCGUGAUUGGAAAAGAAAUGUUAGUAUUAUGAAAAAAACCUGUAGUUAUCCAGAAAAUAUUGAUAAAUUUAUUACAAAAUCGAAUAAAAUUGAACACCAUUCAUGUCCUUAUUCAAAAAUGAACAGUACACUGUCGAAUAAACGACAUUCUACUAUCAAAUCACCAACUGAAAUAACUGCUGCACCAUUAGCUCUUCUACUCGAUGAAUCUUAA